UUAUUUUUAACAGGUUUGGUUUGUUGACAAAAGGGCACAAAAGUCUCUAGGUGUUUGGCAUAUCCAUAUCAGUUAAACAUGCGCAAUUUUUUAUCAGCGAUUUAUUAUCAGACGCGGUUAUAUAACCGACCGGUACUCCUUCUCCCUCACUCACGUGUAUUGCGAGCGAGAUGCGUUCGAGCUCGAGUGAGACGCAGCAUGUUGCAUUAAAUUUCGAUCCUAUUCUGUAAUAUGUUUUGUCCAAUCGCGUCGGAUCUUCGCGUGUUCCGGUUCUUUGUCAUCAAUGGGUCGCCGGGCGAGUCCAUUUCGAGUGCCUCUUAUAGUUCUUUUACGAGAUAUCCUAGUCGAAUGUGGAAAGAGGAAAAGCUGCGGCGGCCUCCGCAUGUAAUAAACCGACCGCUCGAUAACGCAUUCGCGUCGGAAGCGAAGUAUUUAGCGCGAUAGUCUUUAGGCCCUUUCGGCAUUAAUGAGUCGUGCCCACUUCAGCUGACUGCGUCGUACGCGAAGCUACUCUACCUACUCCAGUAGUAGUUCGGCGUUCGAGCCAGGCGGUUGGGUUGCGCGCGUACCCGUGCAAAGCGGAUAUGUCGUUGAUGGUUAAAAUGUUUGUAGAACGUUUCCCAUAGGCGUGACGGUAUUUCGUUGGCUUCGAAGAAGUGAAGUCGUGAAGUGCUCUGCAGAGGCAGUGACGCGUCGAGCCGGCGAGCGACUGUAGCGAGUGCGGGACAAGGCCCGAGGCUCAAUAAUGCUCAAAUUUCUGACCCACAAGUUGCGAACGCAUUCGUUGAAUGAGGAGAACGUUUCCGAGAAGGUCGAGGAGCGGGACUCCGGCACCGAAUCGGACGACGAGGCCGACCGCGGCGACACCGGUGAUUUUUGUACCGACGUCAUCAUGAAGUGGAACGAUGUAACAGAUAUCAGUAUGGGCGGAGAGGCAUGUGCGUGCGCGCCGACGCCUCGCGCGCUGCCAGAACCCGAGCCAGAUCAGCUCUACGAUCACCACUCUUCAGAAGAAGAGCUAGAGGUCAUAAACGGGGCGCCGUGUGGAGCGACGACGGAGUCGCGGCGGCGCGGCGCUUCCUCGCCGCCGCCCGCGGCGCCCGAGAAGCGCAAGUGGCCCGCGCAGCCCUACGACGCAGACGAGCCAGCGCGCGCGCCCAGCUCCGACGACGACGACACUAAGGUAGAGACGCCAGUCAGGUUCCGCACGUCGCCGCCGCUGGAGGCGCUGAAGCCGCGGCGCUCAGGCGCGGGCGCGGGUUGCGCGUGUGCGGCGCGUGCGCCCGGCUCGCCGCGGCGGCGCCGGCCCGCGCUGCCGCCGCCCCGCAGGCACCGCCCCGCGCUAGACUUUGAUAAGAUGCAGCAGCUUAAGGUGGGCGGCGUGCGCUCUUGGCGCGGCGUGGGCUCCCACGCGCAUGCUCACGCGCAUGGCGGCGAGCUUUCCGUCUUCUGCUGGUGAUAGCGCGCAGUGAGUCGUGCUUCCUGUGCGUCGCGUCCCCGGGCCGGCGGCGGCGGCGGCUCGGAGCCGCCCCCCCGCGAGCGGGCCCUAGAUAUCCCAGCACCGUUCCAUAUCAUUGAUAACUGUACACGACAUUUUGAUCUUUUUAUUGCUGACGUUCCUUUUGCACUCAAUAAUGAUACAGUACAAAAUAACGAAAGACUUUAAUAUUGUAACGCUUGUACUAGACGGGCGGGGCGGAUCCGACGCGACCGGGGGUGGAGCUGGCGCUCGCCGUUUGGGUGCGGGCGAAGUUCUUUUCUAUUUCUUUACGGAUAUCACUCGAGUUUCACUUCGAAUUGCACGUUUCGACUAAUAAUUCGUUUACACUACUGUUUUGGGUGUAGAGGUGUUUAAACACGUGUCAUAACUUACAAGUUGUGCCGUUGUUAAGUCCCAAAUAAUCUUAUUUCUCAUAGAGAAAUCAUACAAUGCUUCCUGUGGCAUGCUUUGGUCGGUGUAGAUACAUACAUGAUGUUAGACUAUAUGUGUUAGGGCAUUGAAGUUUUAGUUGAUGAUAGUGAGAGUAAUAUCAUCUUAACUUGGUGUAUUUGUGUAGGGUCGAGGGUCGUGCGCGUCGCGUCGGAUCCGGUGGCGCCUCUUACAGAUAUAUCGUACGACCGUCACAUUAAGUAGUAUUUUUGAGAUAUUUACUGUUUUUGAACGUUGUGUUGACACUGUUACAAUGAUUUGAACGUUUGUAUUAGACGCGGUGACAUUAUAAAAUAAUAUGUAGGUCAUAUUUCUGAUCAGUGUGUUACAUUACAUACCUACACGACUCGUAUUAUUUGUACCCGUAGUUACAUUACGAUUAAGAUGUUAACCUUUAUUUCUUUACUCACGGCGCUUCUGUGCCUACAGACCCUACAGUUGUUAUGACGCUAGACCUGGUUUAGACAGUACCUAUCAGUAUCUCUCUACCAGACACACGACAUUUAUGUGAAGGAAACUUCGAACUCUAGUACAUACUCGUAUCCAUCCUGUACUCAAACAAUGUACCUAAUACUUGUUUUUCUACUCGUCGACUGUAAUUCUUGAAUUAAGAUUUCUUAUACCAAACUGCAAUUGGGUAUUUUUAAUGUAUGGGCUCCCAACUCAACUAUAAUAUUCAUAUCGAUACAGUUUAGUCAACUAUAAUGAAAUUGACCAAUCACAGCUCGCCGCGAUCAAGAGGACGAAACAAAACCAUAGCUCAAAAUAAUUACCUAUUCAUUUUAGGUUGUAUAGUAGAAUCAAUUGCUUCAUAAGUCAGAAACGCGCAUGUAACACCCUUAAUAUAGCAACAUCCAUAGACUACGAAAACCACUUAGCGUUGCUUGUUAGUCUCCAUAGGCUACGGUGGCCGAAAUCGAGAAAACAACUGUCUAAAAAUUGAAUUUAGCGCGGAGCAAGUACCAGGGCCUCAUGAGUUACGAGAAGGUGUCGUUGACCAGCCCGCCGGGCCGAGCCGGCCGGGGCGCGUACCAGUAUGAAGGUAUCGCGGCUGUUCGCGUAUCUUAGCUUUUGGUUUGGUUUGUUUGUAUGAUUCUACUAGUUUAAAGUAUUAUUUUUGUUGACGCGUAGAAAAAGUAUUGUAUACAAUAGUGAUAUAAUCAAGCUUUUCAAUCUCGUACCUUACUUAGACAACUCAGCAAGCUUCGUUGUCUAAACACGGUACUCGACUGAAAAGCUCUCUAUUAUAUCACGAUUGUAUAAAAUACUAUUAUGUGCAUUGCACAAUUAAUGAAUUUGUCCUUUUGAGUCGGGCGGCAUGUAGCUUGUGUGUGCUUACAUAUGAUCUUAUAAUAUCACCGAAUAGACUGGAUCUUCCGCGCGAGACUAUUACAAAGAUUUAUUUAAUUUUUAAUUUAGCGAUGCCAUUGCUAGCUACAUCCAAAAAAUAUUUUUGUUACGAGUUGUGAUAGAAUGGUAUCUCGGGACUGAAGAGUCUGUCAAUUAAACUACGGCUGUUCCUCUGAUUUACAAGACAGAUCAUACCUGAAGUUAUCUCAGUAAUAAAGUACAUUUUAUUCUUGAAGUUAGAUGGACAGCCGUUUUUUUAUUAAGGACCCUUAAAUUUUUAAUGAUUUGAUCUCGAGCCACGGCUCAAUCUUUGCUCGCAGCGGAUAUCUUUUUCUGCUUGACGUGGAUUGACGCGCGUGGUUCCUACAUAGAUUUUAUAAUAUUUUAUCAAAAUAAAAUGUCAAUUGUAUGGGAGGACGAGUUUUCGCCAAAUAAUUUAGGGCUAUUUUCAGAACCUGAAUAAAUAUAUGAGUAUGGGCUGUUUUAAAAUGUUCAUCAAAUGGGUACCUACUUAUUUAUCACGUUAAACGGAACUUAAUCACGUAGGUACAAGUACAAAUCAAUUUAUUUUCUUUUUCGACAAAUCAAGACCCGUACAACCCGAUAGGUACGAACAACCCGC